GGUUCCAAAGGCGGCGGGAAGCGGGAGGAUCCCUGAGGGGCCGGGCCGGAGCAGACGGGGUCCUGCGGCAGCGGAGCCGCGGUACAGGCGUGAGCUACAGCGUCGCGCUUUAUCUUCUUCAUAUGCCCGGCUCACUGAUACGUGCUGCAUACAUCCGUCAUCCGUACAUAAAUAACCUCUACGUCGGUCUGGGCUGAGGAAGUGGGCUUUACCGCUUUUGGAGUGAGCUGGCCAUAACAGUAUGAACAUAUACUAAACAGCAAAAUGUCCUCAAAGAAGAAAAUAAAGAAGAAUCAUACCAGCUACAAGCUAGAGAAGCACAAAGCCAGCUCCAAUCUUCGUGGGAAAUCACUUUCACUUGAGGAGCCAGAUGUCUCAAGGAUAUUGAAGGUAGCAGAAACAAAUCAACUUGAGGACCUUAAUGAUUCCUUUGAUCACCCUUUGCACAGUACUGCUGUGGAUGCUUAUGGAGAGGAACAGUCACAAAACGAGGCACUCAGUCAAGUUUCGGCACCACAAAGGCAAAACACAGACAGACGGUCUGGUGGAAAAAAAAUAAAAUGUAAAAAACCACAUAGCUCAAAGCCCUCCGAUGGUGAUGUUCAGAAAUUCAACACAGCUGAUUCUGAAGAGGAAGCCUUUAAGGAGACUGUGAAGACUCCAAAAACUACUCAAUUCCAAGCAGAAGAGAGGCAGUCUUCAGAGGAGAAUACAUCAGAUUCUUCUGUGGAUAGCCCACAUUCUGUACAGGUUUGGUGUCCCAAAGAGAUGAAGAGAUCUCCUAAAGAUAUUACAGAACUGGAUGUUGUUCUGGCCAAAGUUGAGAAGAUAGCAGCAAAUUACAGACAAAGCAUAGAAUCAAACACUGGCAGAAAGGCUAUCAAUGACUUCUGUUCUGCUUUCAAGGACCAAAUCACUGAUCUUAUAGCAGGAGUCCAGGAAUUAAAGAACAUAAAGAAAAAAAACGCUAAGGCAAUAACAAACAUCAAAAAGAAAAGGCAGCAACUGGUGCAACUCAGAGAAGAGCUAAUUGGAGCUGAACCACAACUGACACAACUACAAAGAGAAUAUGCUGAGGUACAGGAAAGGAAAUCUUCCUUGAGGCAAACAAUUGAAUUAAUUACUGAUUUAAAGGAGAUACAGCAAGACUGUUUGGACUACAGAGAAGAAAACCCUAAAGAAAAAGUGGAAUAUGGAAUUUCCAGCCUCCCUGCUCUUCUGGUGGAGUCUCAGAGAAUUCUAGGAGCAGAAAGGCACUUUGAGAGUAUCAAUAUGAAACUGGAAGAAGCGCUGGCUGCAGAAAAAGAGCAGAGAUCAAAGAAAAAUUAAGUGUCUUUUUAAGACUUUCAGACAUUCAGAAAGAACAGGUAUUAGAAUUGUCAGUGCUUAAAGCUUGUUUAAUCAUUGUUACUCUAUUUUGUUUCAGUGUUUAAAAGCAGUCAGCAACUUAGAGAUUGUAUCUUACUGUCAAAUAGUCUCAGAAUACCAAUGAAAGGAAAAGACAACCACAGUUAAUAAAACUUUCCUGUACUCUGAACAAUGUUGGGUGUUAAUCUUGUGCUAUUAAAAUAAUCUUGAGCGGAAUAUAUUUGUAAAGAGACUCUGGUUGAACAAAGAUGAAUAAACAAAUCU